AUGGCUAGUGGGGAUGGCAAAAAUAUUUCAGUAUGGAAGGAUAAAUGGAUAAAGGACAAGGCUUUAAUUGAUCUAUUCCCUGACAAUCCAUUUUUGAACUCUUUCCCAUAUAUGAAAGUAUCUGAUUUAUUGUUAGAUGGAGAAUGGGUAAUUCCAGCUGAAAUGCUUGAGAUGAUUGAAACUAGAGAAUUCCCUGUGGCAGAUUAUCAACAAGAUACAAGAAUCUGGAGUGGCACUCUAACUGGUGAAUUCUCAGUAGCUUUAGCAGUGGAAAACAUAAGAAGAAAAUAUCCAAAACUCAAAUGGACUAACCAGGUAUGGAAUUCUUCAAUACAUCCUGCCAUAUCUAGUAAUGUGUGGAAGUUAGUGAGAAAUAUUUAUUCAACAGAUGAUAAUAUGAAAAGAAGGAAAUUCAGCAUGGCUUCAAGAUGUCCCUUCUGCAAAAAUUGUGAGGAAGAUUUAGAACGCAUCCUUUGGACUUGUAACUACAGUGAACUUAUCUGGAAGUGGUUGGGUGAUAUGUUCUGUUUUAAGAAUCCAAAAUCUUUUGAUGAUAUCUUUAACUUUGCAAAGACUAAAAGCCAUGAUGUGAAGGAAAUCUGGAGAACUGCAGCUUUUAUCACUGCAAAAGAACUUUGGUUCCUGAGAAAUUAA